AUGGCUCAGAUCCACCCCCUGGAGACUGCAACGGUUCCAAUCGCCGGCUGGCGCGCAAGCAGCGCGUUCGGUCUUGGACGGUCGGAGCCUGCGACGACCCGAAUCGCGCAGGAGGCCGCCCCGGCCGGCCACGGAGCGCACGACCGUAACUACGACCCGGAGACGUACGAUGGGGUGAUGCCCAUGGAUUGGGAGCCUGAUCCUGUGAACAUCAAUGUGGCCAUGCCUUCAGGCAAGCUCUCUAUUGAUCAUGAUGCCGUGUGCGUCAGCUCGGCCGGCACCACCGUUCGGGUUGAGGUCCACGGCGUCGUGGUGCUCUUUGCCGACUCUGGCGGCACGGACUUUGUGCUGAGGGUCAGCAGCUCGCAACCGCUCGCUGGCUAUGGUUUCAAACUCGAGCGAUGUGGCCGCUACGUAUCGUCCACGAUCCGCGGUCCGACGCACAUCUUUGCUCGCGCCGCUGCCCGGUUCAAUGCCAUGGCCACGACCUUGACUGCCUGCGCCCGCAAUGGCCGUCACCGCUGA